UAUUCUUGUUUACCAACAAAACAAAAAUAUUUCGUCUCAUGUGAAUAAUAUAAUGAAAUAUUUUUAUAUUUUCCCUCGUUUUCUAUUUUAUUCCUUUUUGAGUUGAGUGCCUCUUGAGGUUUCAGGUAGAAAUUUACUGUUUCGUUUAAUCGAUUAAAUAAAUGAUGAAUGCGAAGAGUAUUUUACUAAUUGAGGCAUUUUAUGGUGGAUCCCACAAACAGUUGAUGGAUUUAAUUUCAACAAUUCUCCCAGUAUCAUUUUACACUAUGCCCGCAAAAAAAUGGCAUUGGAGAGCUAUUACUUCGUCUCUUCACUUUUCAGAAGCUAUUCCCGAGGAACAUGAUUUCAGGGUUUUGUUUGCAAGCUCAGUUCUGCCAUUAGCUGAUUUGGUAGCAUUAAGGCCUGAUCUUGGGAAUUUGUUUAAGAUAGUUUAUUUUCAUGAAAACCAGGUGGUUUAUCCAGUUCAAGAGAAGAAACAGAGAUAUUUUCAACACGGAUACAAUGAUGUGCUUACAUGCUUGGUUGCUGAUCAAAUUUUGUUCAACUCUGACUUUAACAAAGAAUCAUUUCUCAAAAAUUUGACUUCAUAUUUCAACAUUCUGCCUGAUUUUAAACCUAAGAAUCUGGAAGCAAAGAUACGACCCAAGUGUCAAGUUGUUUAUUUUCCUCUUGUGUUCCCGGAAGUGUGCUCUGCAUUUUCCAAAGAUGGAUUAAAUCAACAUUCCAGCAAAGCAGGUGUAGUUUUGAACAAUCAUCAGCCACGAGAUGGGGAUUGCACAGCAGAUAAAAAGUUACACAUAGUUUGGCCUCAUAGAUGGGAACAUGAUAAAGAUCCAGAAACCUUUUUUUCUGUCAUCUUUCGUCUGAAAGCUGCUGGAGAAGAGUUUAAUUUAUCUGUGAUUGGUGAAACAUUCUCAGAAAACCCAAAAAUUUUUGAUGAAGCUCGUAUCUACUUGAAAGAGAAUAUUAUCACAUGGGGAUAUCAAGAAUCCAAAGAAGAGUAUUUUAAAGUAUUGCAAUCUGCAGAUGUAGUUGUUUCUACAGCAAUUCAUGAAUUCUUUGGAGUUUCAAUGUUGGAAGCUGUGAGCUGUGGAUGCUAUCCCCUUUGUCCAAAUAGACUUGCUUAUCCAGAAAUUUAUCCAGAAAAGUAUUUAUAUAAUACACCAAACCAAUUGUUUAAAAGACUGAAAAACUUUUGUAGAAAACCUGAAACAGUUAGAAAUCAUGCUAUUGAAGUGGAUUUAUCCAAGUUCUCCUGGAGCUCUAUGAAGAUACAAUAUGAACACAUUUUAACUAAGGCUUUAGUUCAAAAAUCUAUCCAUAAUACUAAUGUUUCUGAAUGAUGUAUUUUCAUUUAAAAAAAUUUAAA